AGCGAGAAAACACGAAACUUCACGAGGAAAAUGACAAGGCUUCGGAUUUUGUAACACCACACUGCGCAUGCGCAGAUUGCCAGGAAGAAUGGUGGGGUUUUUGCCCCUGGGUCAGGAGCAGCAUUCCAAUGGUCUCGCCUAGGAGAAAAAUUGUGUGCUUCGGGGACUCGAUACUAAGGAAUUUAGAAUGUAACCUUUUGACUUUGGACCCAUCAUAUGAUGUUCGUGUGCACGUGUAUCCCGGAGCCAAUAUCAAGAGUUUAAAAAACAGUCUGAGAACUGACAAUCCUUUUUUUGAAUUUGGAACAGAUUUUGUCAUUCUACAUGUGGGCACAAACAAUUUAGAGUGCGGAUUGUGGUCUCUUGACUGUCAACACUAUUAUGAAUUGUAUCAGACAGUGAAAGAAGUAUUUCGGUCUGCAACUGUGAUUUUCUCAAGCAUUCUACCCCGUUGGGACCGACAAGAUCUAUAUGAAUUAUCAUUGAUUUACAAUGAAAACUUGAGAAACUUUGCAGUUAAGUUGAAGUGCUUGUUCUUCAAUUGUUGUGAGGAUUUCAAUUAUACUGAUGAUGCUUUCUCCCUAGAUGGUUUACAUUUAAAUCAUUUUGGAAAGUGUUUGUUCGCGAGUCGUCUCAAUGAAUACCUAACCAAAUUGACCACUCCAAAACCCAAUUCAGAUUGUAACAGCCAUCCAAGAAUUCCGAAGGAAUUAAAACUGAUCUACCCUCCGCCUCGGAGACCAAAAAAGGAGGCAAAGAAAUGGCAGGACACAGAUUUGGACUUAUACAUCUACAAACGGAGAGAGAAAUAUGGAUCACAGAGUACCUACACUAACAGUCGCAGAAAGAAGAAAAAACAGAGGAAAAGAGCGUCCAUUACCGAAUCUGAGGAUGGAUAUUUCACCCCAAAGACGGUAGCUCGCAGUUCAAAAUCUCCUUUCCUGCCUCCAUGUGCAUGCAAAAUAACCUACCGCAACAUCAAGGAGGGGAGAAAUUUAUAUCAACCCUCAUCAUGUCCCCUUCCUGGCAUCAGGAAACCGUAUGUUGUACACAAAGUGAAAAGGGAGAGGUUUAGAAGAAGACAACGGUUGGCACAACGUAAAAGAAAAAGGAAAAGAAGGAUGAUGGCCAGCUACACUACGAGGGACCUUCUUCCGAGUGCAGUCAAGUCUCCCGGACCUUCUGCUGGAAAGGAGCCACCCUCGAGUUCCGGCGAUCACGCUACUCCUCUCCCUGUGGCAACGGACCAUCCCCCUGAUUGCCGUGAGAUCCUCCCUGAAUCUAUGGAGACAAGUAGCUUCACUACAAGGAACCUUCUUCAAAGUUCAGCCAAGCCUUCCGGACCUUCUGCUGAAAAAGAGCCACUCUCGAGUUCAGGCAAUUGGGCUACUCCUCUCCCUGUGGCAACAGACCAUCCCCCAGAUUGCAGUGAGAUUCCCGCGGAAUCAUUGGAAACUAGUUGCGUUUCGAUGGACUGUAAUUACAUUGCAACUGGGUCUCCUGGCCAGUCACGUGGAAAAGAGUCGCUCACCAGAUCAGAUGAUCAUCCUCCACCAGUCCCAUUCCCUACAGAUCGACCCCCAGAUAUUCACCUUCACAAGUCAUCUCAUACCAUGGUGAUCAAGGGCGUUUCUGUGAACAGCUGUCCGUCUCCUACCCAGUUUUCUGAAGUGACGCCACCCAUGACCACCGUCAACAUCCUUUCAUCCAUCGCCAUCUCAAAUCAUCCUCCUGCUCUGACAGAAGAAGCCGUGUCUAAGCCUGCUCCAAGGAAAAACCAGACGCUGUUGGGGUGAGGAAAGAGCCGCCAUGCAAAAAAGAACAGUGUGGUCCUUGCAAACUAUGUAAUAAAAAGUCUUCCAUGAAAUAUUUCCAUCUUGCAACAAUGCAGUCUGAGCAGUUACAAAUGAUAAUUGAACAGUCUUUCAGUGAUGUAGAAAAAAGUGAUUGCAUUUGUAGUGCCUGUAGGUCAAAAUAUCAGAAAAAACUGAAGUCCUCUACUUACACCCCAGAAAAGACCAGAAAAAAAGAUAGAGACCCUUGCUUUUUGUCACAUUAUAUGCUAUGCUCUGAUUUGUCUGAUAGAGAUUGCAACUGUACUCUAGAUUCCUUCAACUCUGCCUUUUCUCUUCAAUGUCUCUUAAUACCGACAACCAUUCCAUUAUGUCUUAAACAUCGUAGAGAUUUAUCUCGAUAUGAAGAAUCGCAAAGUUUGUCUCACUGUUCAGUUUGUGAAGGAUUAAUUAGAUCAAAUGGGAAAAAAUAUUCAUCAUCGGUGUUAAGUGAAAAUGAUGUAAAAGAAUUACACCAAAUUAAUGAAAACUUUUUUCCAUCAAGUAAUACUGUACUGUGUCAAGCUUGUUAUAGCUAUGCCAGGCGAAAUUCCACACGGCCCUUAAAAACAUCAUUGGAAACUUUAGAAAAAAAGUAUAUUUUAGAGGCAAAGAAUGAAAAUGAUGAUUCUGAUGAUGGAUUAUUGAGAAAUAUCCUAAACACGGUGUACCUUCACAUAUGCACACUUUGCAAAAAAGAUGGUGGUUUCUUGUUUUCUACUAUUUAUGAAUACUUUGUUGGUAAAGUCAAUGCUGCAUGCAAAGAGCCAAGACAGCAACUCAGAUUACAAAAAGGUCCUGUGUAUCUAAAAGGAAGAAUUCUUCAUAAUUUUGGAAAUCUGUUGAACAUUCAUUCCGCUGCACGCAAAAAGGGCCUUUUUUUUUACUGUGCAGAAUUGUCAUCAGACGAUAUAAUCAAUGCAUGGCACAUGAUACACGCUUCACUAAGGGCUUUGAAACGUGGGGAAGAGGAUUAUGACAAAGAUGCAUCUUCCAACACUUCUGGUCAAAAUUUCCAGGUUGUUACUUCUGCCGAUUGUGAUAUGUCUUUCAGAGAGACAGUUACUGAAUGUAAUGAAUCACUUCGUAAACAAGGAAAGUCCAUUACUGAUAAGUUUCUUAAGAAUCCUUUGUCUGUAAGAGACUUCGAUAUUGAUAAUGCAUGUUCUAUGUUUAGCCCAUAUGUAUGGAAUGUUGUAUGCAUGCUUACAGCCACACUUGAUGAAUUGUCCACUUUCAGGCAGUUGGAUAUAAAAGUACAUGAAGAAUGUAUAAAAUUCAAAUCAGAUGAUACUCGAGCAGGGCGUAAAAGAAAACACAGGCGAAUUGCUGCAGUAUUUCUGCUUCAAUUCAUAAUGAAUGAUGAUAAUUCAUAUCCUUUCCAUAUCAUUAUGGCCAAUUACAUAAAGAAACUCUCUCAUUCAUCAAAAUUGCUAAAGAUGCUAAAUAAUGUUGGUUUUUCAUGUUCUGAGAGCACACUGGAUCGCUUUUUACAGUAUGCUCAUGAUAAGCGCAUUGAGGCUGGCCCUCUCUCCGAAUUGCAGCCUUCUGCAUUUACCUUGGUGUCAAUUGACAAUGUGGAUGUUUUGACCCCUUUUGCGGCUGUGCAAGUAGAUAAAACAAGAAGCUGGCAUGGAACCUCGAUAAUGGCCCAGCAGCCAAAACCCUUCACUGAAAAUUUGCAUAGCUUUGAGCUGCUUCAAACUAUGGUUGAUACUGAUGAUCUUGCGGGUAACAAUACAAGUCCUGACACACAAAGUCCAAGUGACACUGAUGAGAAUUUUCCAGUUGUGCAUAGGAAACCUUCUGUUAGGCGAAAGCUGGCACAGUAUGGUUCCCUUGAUAUACCAGGCCCAUCCUCUUUUACUCCGCCAGCAUUUAAAACAGCAAUAAGAUCUCAGCUCAGUGCUGCCAGCUUUGAGUUGUCUGAAGUAGAGAAACUGUCUGAAACUGAAAUUAAUUACCAAAUUUUGUUAUAUGCCAUAGAACGUUAUCAUUACAUUGUAAGUGAUACCCCUGUCGUGAUACCCAGUCUUAAAUGUAAGCUUGCACUAGAAAAUGAGAAGUAUGUUGAAAAAUCUGGUUUUUCAUAUAUGUACAUCCUUAAUGAAAAAGCAGACUGUCCAGCUACACUAAAACGUUCUCUUGGACUCUUAUAUGAUGCAUUUGAUGUUAAUAAAAAGAUCAAUCACUU